AUGGGCCAUCUUACUGGCGAUCAACUACUUGAUACCCUCUUGGGUGCGUUCUACAGGAUUAAAAGUUCAGGAAAGCGAACUGAGCAGAUUGUCCAACACUGA